AUGGCGGACUCCGCGACAAGUACGCCCAUAAGCCCUCUCACCGGGCCACAGGCGGACCGAUGGAAAAAGCUGCUGCUUAGUGGAGAGUACUCGGACAUGCAGAUCGUCUGCCAGGAGGUUGUUUUCAAAGUUCACAAAGCGAUCGUCUGCCCCUCCUCUUCGUUUUUCACGUCAAUAUUCAAGCAUCCCAAUGAGGAAUCCUCCACCGGGGUAGUCAAACUCCCCGAGGAUGACCCCGAGACGAUCGAGCGACUCCUCUCAUACCUCUACCUUGAGACCUACAGUCAAGACAGCCACAUUAUUCCGACGAACACUGAUGGAGAGGAGGGUCUAUCGACCGAGGCCAAUAUCGGACUCAAUAAUGCUGAUGUUUACAUCGUCGCCGAUAAAUUUGAUAUCCUUCCACUGAAAGCCCUAGCCGUUGCAAGGAUGACGGAAUGGGCGCAGGUUAACUACCUUUCUUCUCAGUUCAUUGAUAUGGCCCACCACGUCCUACAGCUUGAACAUGAUCCCUGGCCAUGCCAGUUCAUCGCGAGCUGUAUCGUCAACAACCUCCCCGGCAUGGCCUUAGACAGUGACCACGUCGUGGGACUCAUGCGCGACUACGGUCGCCUCGGCGUGGCUGUGUCGAUGAUGCUGAGCAAAGCUCACAAUCGUUCAAUCGAGGAACGAGAGACCGGCCAUUGUCGGGAAAAGAGCAUCUUGCAGGCUCGAAUCAAUUCUUCGGACCAUCAAAUCGGUAGAUUGAAGCAGCAAAUCACCGAUCUUCAACGCGAGAAUACUCGACUACGGAGUCUGAGCACACCUACAGGGCGACAGGAGGGAAACAAUCGGCGUGGAUCGUGGGAUUAA